AUGACUUCAACGGAUAAUCGUAAAGACGCUAAUCACGUUCAAAACAACCACGUUCGUCCAAGGAGUUUGUAUACGGCACAUUCCUAUCAUGGGGAAAACGAUGAAUCAAAUUAUUCGCGUUAUAAUGAUUUGACAAAAUAUUUUGAUCAUUCGUCUUCUGAUCAAUGGAAUUCAUCUUCACGGUGGCGUCAAUUAAGAUCAGCUGGAUCAAAACCCACCGUCGUUGCUCCUUUUUUUCCAAAUGAAGACGGACCACCUAGCAUUUACGCCGAUAAAUGGCGUGAAAUCACUGACGCCACGGAGCCAAGCCCUGGUGCUGCUAUUGCAACUGCAACUGGUAUAAUGUCUUUACGGCUACACGACCGCCUUCGUGUUGACAUGACGAUAGACAAAGCCAUUAGAGUGAUCAAUGUCAAAAACAACAUUGUGCUCGCUCUGAGCGGAUCUGGUUCUGCGGCGGCUCUCAUGCAUCCGAACGGCCGAGUCUAUCAAUAUGGAAGUAGAGUCGAAAUAGUCGCUCACGAUAUUAAUCACGGAAACAAUAAGUAUGCCAAAAUGUGGUAUAAAGGUGUGAGCUUUACAAGCGAACAAUGCGCUCUUGUUUAUUUAGUCGACACCGCCGGAACUAGAACAACCACUGACACGUUUACAGACAUGACUCAAGAUUUUUCAUUGAGCGUGUUUUAUGCAGAAUCAAGAUACGGAUCUCAAUACAUAGACGAUGCCAUAAGACUUUUAGAAGGCGCACAAUAUUGGGUGACCGAUGAGGGAAUCGAAAAUUGGAUAAUAAAUAAUUUAAGAAUUUCUCAAGCCCCUGAUGGAUUGUUGAGAAUUGCUCGAAAUUCAAAUAAAUAUCAAAUUCGUACUAGUCCGUCGAACGGUACGGCGAGCUUGACAACUCCGUUCGUGCACUGCACAGCAUCUUUAGGUCAAACAUCUCAUUUGUUCGUCAGGAGAGGGGAAAGGCGAAUGCAUUACGACGGUGCAAGUUUUAUUGUUAGAAACGCUGGACAUUCGGCUGGUUUUGAUGAUAAAAAUCAACUAAAAGUGUAUUGA